AGCUGAGUCUCGCGUUAGCAACAGAGUCCAGGGUUAAUAUAGCAACAGAAAAGCCUCAUCAGACUCAACCGGACGGCUGAGAGGGACGCUGUCGCACUUCAGUCUUUCUGUAAGGUGGUCCACCACAACCUCAUUUGAACAGUUCACACCAAACACACACUCGGCGCAGUUAUCGAAAUCUAAACAAAGUUGUUGUCAGAAGUGGGAUUCGAACCCACGCCUCCAGAGGAGACUGCGACCUGAACGCAGCGCCUUAGACCGCUCGGCCAUCCUGACAUCUGAGCUGCUUCUAUUUACAACAUCAACAGAUCCAAAAUAUGAGGAUGGCGGUGAAUGUCUACUCCACCUCUAUGACCAUAGAGAACCUGAGUCGUCAUGACAUGUUGGCGUGGGUCAACGACUCUCUGCAGCUCACACACACAAAGAUCGAGCAGCUCUGUACAGGUGGUGCUUACUGUCAGCUCAUGGACAUGCUGUUUCCAGGGUGCAUAUUAAUGAAGAAAGUGAAGUUCAACGCUAAACUGGAGCAUGAAUAUAUCCACAACUUCAAGGUUUUACAGGCUUCAUUCAAGAGAAUGAAUGUGGACAAGAUCAUCCCUGUGGAGCGGCUGGUGAAGGGGAAGUUUCAGGACAACUUUGAGUUCCUUCAGUGGUUUAAGAAAUUUUUCGAUGCCAACUAUGACGGGAAAGAAUACGACCCUCUAAUGUCGCGGCAGGGCCAGGAGGGAACGCCGCCUCCACCCAACCCAGGUGAACCCAUUCUCCACAAACCUAAAAGACCCUCUAACGCAGGCUCCACGAGAACGUCUCCCACAGUACCAAAGAUUGUCCCCCCCCCUCCUCAGAGGCAGAUCAACACACCAGCAGCCCGCAGGACCGCUGCCAUGACCCGCAAUGGAGGAGACGCUGAGAUCAUAGAGCUCAACCAGCAGCUGCUGGAUAUGAAGCUGACUAUAGAUGGACUGGAGAAGGAGAGGGACUUCUACUUUGGAAAGCUCAGAGACAUUGAGCUACUCUGCCAGGACAACGACAACCCAGUCCUCUGCAAAAUAAUGGAUGUACUGUACGCUACAGAGGAUGGAUUUGCACCACCAGAAGACGGAGAAAUUGACGAAGGAGCACAAGGAGAGCAGGAGGAGUUCUGAACUGUUCUUCCUCUCUUCAUCAUGCUCUCCCCCACCUCUCACCUUUUAACCUACCUGACCAUUAUUGUCAUAACCCCCUCUUUUUUCCCCUUUUAUUUUAUUUUUUUAUAAAAUUUAUCCCCUUACCUGU